AUGAGUGAAGAGAACAUUGAGGAGGUGAACGUUCUGGAGGCUCAGAUCAAACAUCUGCAGGCAGAAAUUAAAGCUUUGCAGCAGCAGAACAACUGCAAGGACGAAACAUUGCACUUCAGAGGACAGAUGCAGGAGGCCUUUUCAUACAUGUGUGGACAGACAGGCGGUGGAGGGAAGGAGGCGGUGGUGUCCAGGUUGAAGGAGGAGGUGGAGGAGCUGGAGGAGGACCUGAAGCUGCAGACUCAGAUGAACGGCAUCGAUCUGAACAGCUGUAUCACAAAAACUCUGCAGAGCGGUGACAGUAAGACGGUCCUGCAGUUCUGUUUAUCGGGCCACUGCUCUGAAAUCACUUUUCAACUAGAGUUUCAGCUCUCUGAGGUCAAGGUGGGUCCAAGAACUGAGAGGACCGUCACUGAGCUGAACGUGGUUCUGGACUCCAACGACCUGCAGAACUUCAGCCGCUUCCUGUCAAGGGUGGAGGAGAACAAGGACCUUCUGCUGUUCUUCAGGACUUUAAGGACUUUCUCAGACAGAUGUGACGAUCGGGCCAGAACCUUCCAGCAUUUCCAGGAGAAGUUUCCGUCGGUCGUCUCUCUUCCCGGCGGCUGCAGGUCAGAGGUCAUGAGCCUGAAGCACCCCGAGCUUCCUGGCUGCGUGCUCUUCGUUCUUUGGUCUGUGGAGGUUUCCACUGAAGGAAGCGUCGCUCCGAACCUCCAGCUGCUGCCGAAGAUCCCAGAAGAAGCUCUCCAGAUGUUCCCCCUCCAGCCAGCAGGCGGCGCCGCCAAGGCCUUCCAGAGCCUGCUGAGGGUUCUGGGACCCGAGGCCGCCAUCGAGGCCGUCGUCAGAGCCACCGGGCUUUUACCAGAACCCAGCGUUCAGACAGAAGGUUGAC